AUGGCUGGCCCCCAAAGGCCUGCCUCUGGUCUCCCUACAAGGAGGACAACAAACACACGCCAACCAACCAGGCGAUUGGGAUCUUCAGCAACCCAGAGGGCCGGCUCUCCAGCAAUUUCGUCCAAAAUGCCUGCCUCGGGUGGAUCGCGCGCAAUUAAAUCACCCACUGAACCUGCUAGCGUAACAGCGAAGAGGAAGGAAAGAGACCUCGAACGUGGGAUAAACGAAGACACCAGCAUUCACGUUGUGGUGCGCUGCCGCGGGCGCAAUGAUCGGGAAAUUAAAGAGAAUAGCGGUGUCGUCGUCAAAACUGAAGGUGUUAGAGGGAACACUGUGGAACUAUCCAUGGGGCCAAAUGCCGUUUCAAAUAAGACAUAUACAUUCGACAAGGUCUUUUCCGCCGCCGCCGACCAGCUCGCAGUAUACGAGGAUGUUGUCCUGCCGAUUGUCAAUGAGAUGCUCGCUGGAUACAACUGCACUAUAUUUGCGUACGGACAAACAGGAACCGGCAAAACAUACACAAUGUCAGGCGAUAUGACCGAUACUCUGGGUAUCCUUUCCGACAAUGCUGGCAUUAUUCCACGUGUUCUGUAUUCGCUGUUCCACAAGCUCGAGGAGACGGAAAGCACCGUGAAAUGCUCUUUCAUUGAGCUAUACAACGAAGAACUUCGAGAUCUUCUAUCAGCAGAAGAGACCCAGAAGCUGAAGAUUUUCGAGAACGAGUCAAAGAAAGGACAAAGCACGCUUGUCCAAGGCAUUGAAGAAACGUAUAUUGACUCCGCCACUUCCGGCAUCAAGCUGCUUCAACAUGGUAGCCAUAAGCGGCAAGUUGCUGCGACCAAGUGCAACGACCUGAGCUCUCGCAGUCAUACAAUCUUCACUAUCACAGUACAUACGAAGCGGACAACCGAUGCAGGCGAAGAUUAUGUUAGCUCUGGAAAGCUGAAUUUGGUUGACCUGGCUGGUAGCGAAAAUAUACAGCGCAGUGGAGCUGAGAACAAGCGUGCCACAGAAGCGGGCCUGAUCAAUAAAAGUCUGUUGACUUUGGGCCGAGUAAUCAACGCUUUGGUCGAUAAGAGCCCCCAUAUCCCAUACAGAGAAUCAAAACUUACACGUCUUUUGCAAGACUCCCUCGGUGGGCGCACGAAAACAUGUAUUAUCGCGACGGUUUCGCCGUCUCGGAGCAACAUGGAAGAAACCAUCUCAACGCUAGACUAUGCCUUUAGAGCCAAGAACAUUCGCAACAAGCCUCAGAUUAACUUCACUUCGAAACAUAAACUUCUUCAAGAGUUCGCUUUUGAGAUCGAGAAACUUAAAGGAGAACUUAUUGCCACAAGACACCGAAACGGCGUAUAUAUGACUGUCGACGCGUACGAGCAAAUGACCAUGGAGAAUGAAUCCCGGAGAAUCGUUAAUGAAGAGCAACGAGCAAAGAUUGAAUCAAUGGAGUCCAACCUGCGAAACAAGGUCCAGGAGCUGUUCACGCUUACGAGCAAUUUCAAUAACCUGAAGAAGGAUAACGAGGACACACGGUUGGCUCUGUGUGAUACAAAUGAUGUCCUUGAAAAAACCGAGAUUGUUCUCAAGAAUACCAGGUCACUGCUAGAAGAAGAGGAAAUGUUAAGGAAGGCGCAUCAAGACACCGAAAACCAGCUUUACGACAUUGGUACGGGGCUUUUGUCGACAUUAGAUAGAACCGUUGGAGAUGUGGAUGGGUUGCAUGCAAAACUUGACCGAAAGGCGGAUUUAGACUCAUCUAACAUGAAAACAUGGCAAACGUCAGCCAAAGAAGUGUCAGCUGUCACCGAGGAAGUCGAUAGAAAAAUGGAGGCUUUCCAACUGCAACAUUCGCAGCUCCUGGAAUCUAUGGCUGCAAAGAUCAACGACCAUGUCUCUAGCGAGCUGAGUCACGUCCAAUCGAAUCAGUCAGCGCUGUCGAGCUUUAGUGCUAUAUUUGAUAAGGCUGAGCGCGACGCGAAGACACAAACGUGCGGCGCUCACGAUCAGAUGAAUGAGGUCCUUGAGGAGAUCAAAGACUUGCGUGAAGAGGUCAAGCGCAAAGUUGGAGAGGGGUUGAACGGUCUGUCUGCUGCCGCUGCCCGGAUAUCCAAGGAAGUUAUUGGCGAAUUCACAGAGCUUCAUGAGCAGCUUCAUUCCUCCUACAGCACUCUUGGUAAGGACUUCAAGUCCUUGUUCGAGGAGAUGGUGCGCCAUCUUAAUGAACAGAAAACGGAAAUUAAUAGGUUGCGACUGGAAGUCCAAGAAGCUAACAUCCAGACCGUCGAAGCGAACCGUCGAGCUUCUUCUAAUCUGGCACAUGCUGUUGAAGAAGAGCACGCCACCGCUGAAUCGGAGCGAGAUCUUUUGCUUUCACAGUUCAAGGCUCUGAUGGAGGAAUCCCGGCAGAGACAAGUUAGUCGCUUAAAAGGAAGAUUGGAAGGUGUACGAGCAGAUAUCUCGUCUUCGGGCGAUGCACUGGAGCAAGCAACGACCCAACAUGAUCGUCAGACAGAUGAAUGGGUUUUCAAGUCAGAGCAAUUUGCCAAGGAUGUUGCGGCUUCUAGGGAUGAACUUCGGACUAAGAUGCAGAACGAUUGGGAAAUAUUUGACCAACGCAACGCCUCUAUCCAAAAGACGACCGAGUCCGUGCACGAGGAAACAGUUCGUAUUGUCGAUGCUCAGAUGAAUAAUAUGGACAAACAGAUGGAAGCUUUGGACGAUUUCGUCGCUAAAGCACGGUCCCAGAAUGGCCAAUACCGUGAUGCCCAUAUCUCCAGCUUGGACAACAUGGGGUCUAGCGUCCGUGAAUCCUAUUCCUUCGUUCAUGAACAAAUGGAAGGUGUUGGUACUCGGAUGAGCCAACUGCAAGAGGACGCCGCUCAGCAGCAGCAGAGUCUGCACGAGGCGACCUCUCCCUUGUCAGAAGAGGUCCGCAAGCCUCUCACAGAGCUGCGCAACAAUGUUCACAGUCGUCCCCUACAAGAGUAUAUAGUCACUGGCGCCACCCCACAGAAACGGCAUUACGAGUAUCCCACUGAUCUUCCUCGGACUGAGGCGCAUGAUGCUCUGAUAUCCGGAAUUCGGACAUCAAGGGAUCUCACACUACUCCCGUUCAAUGGCGAAGACCACCUUCCAGGAACCUCCCCUACUAAGGGCUUUGUUUACAACGAUACCGAAGAUGAGGUAGGGAAUCAGACACCUACAGCCAGGAUCACUUCCAACACAGGUCUUAGGGAAGUCGAUGCAAACGUCGCCGCAAAACAGCUCGCGUCUAGCCCCGGCGACAGGGCCGCGGUGCGGCAAUCGAAUAUUUCCGUAGCCGGCAAAUCUUCGGAUGUCGACAUUGUCCCAGAAAGUGAAGACUCAGAUGAGCCUCCAGCCAAGAGGCGCUGCUCCAAUCCGACAACUACUGACAGCAAACUGCCGAAAAACAUGUUGACCAAGAAGAUGGCUGGAAUGAUGGAAGGCCGGGAGAACGUCCCUCCACCUGGGCUUUCAAGUGCUCGACGAACUAGAGCUCGACCUGCUCCUUGA